AUGAGCCACUUAGGAAAAUUAAAACCCUCGCAUCUGUACAUCUACGAUCGCCUCGGGCAAGAGAAAAAGGAAUCAGGCGAAAGCAAAGCUGAUGGCUACACGGACGAUCAGCACACUUCGGUUGAAUUACAGCAGGAUUAUAACAUACAGCUUAAAGAUGACGGGCUUGGAAAAUACAAGAUAAGUCCGUUGGGUUAUCUCAGCGAUCCUAAAGAUCUAGUAAGAAUUGGCUUUAAAUUUACAACUCAGUGUUUCUAAAAUUGUUUAUGUGACAAUAUCUUUUAACUGUCACUGCUCCAGGUAGACCAGCUAAAAUUUUGGAAAAAAAAACACAAAACAAAAGCAAUAGCAAACGCAAACCUCGACAUAUUUGGAUUACUUUUAACAAAUUUAGUUCGAUAUUUCAAAAACAAAUGUCUCAACUGAAAACUUAUUCAUUUAUCGUUCGAGAUGAUUGAUUCGAUAACGGAUAUAAAACACCUCAGAACCAUAAUUAUGGUUUUGGUUCUGUUUUCUUUACAGCGACAGUAUAGUAAUUAUUUUACCUUUUUUGAAAAUUGUUUUAAACUUUAAAUUCCUAUUCUUGCUUGACGAGAAAAUUAGAUGAAAAUUAUCAAAAUCAUUGGAAGUUAUAAUAGAAUUGGCCAUUCUUCUAAAUAGCAUACACUUCCUUCCAGAGACAAAAAAUUUUAGUAUUUUCAAAUAAUCUUUGCAUGUUAAGGAAAGAUCUUACACAUUCAUAAUGAGCGCAGAAAAAAGAAAUCUGCAAAUACCCCUGUGAUAUUUUUCUUCGUUCUGAUUGGCCGUUUGUAUACUUUGGUGUAAGUUUUUACGACCAUCAAUCGGGUAAAGUGCGCUAAAAAUGUGGAAUACUAAAGAGAAAUUGUAAGUCAGUUCAUUUUAGCAUUUUUUGAGACCUGUUUCCAUCUCAAUUUUGUGGCGACCACUGUAACUUAAAGUCAACAAUGUUUCUUUUCAUCUUACAAUGCCUGAAUACUAAUGUACAGUAGUUUUUCAGCCGAAAUUUUCUAGUAUGUUAGUUUUUGAUGUGGGUUUCUUUGUUUAUUUUUUCUUCUUAUAGGAGACUGCCAGAGGAGGAGUUCGUAACACAAAUGGGGUGAGUAUGGAAAUUUUAUGAGAAGAUAAAACGGAAAUUUUUGCCACCAGUAAAUUUACAUCGAAACUAUAUACUCAAGGCUAACUUUUAUGACCCUAUUUUCAGGAAAAGAAGUCCACAAACAGUGUCACAAAGAAAAAGGUUAGUAUUACAUCUUAGAUGACAUAAACAUCCGCGUUUCCUGAAUUUUCUAAAAAAUAACAGUUCACAUUAAGCUGAUGCUAGAUUCGGUGUUACUACAUGUGAUCCUAAAAUGGCCUGUUGCACAUCCCUCAAGCUCAUCGUUUUUGCCACUCAGUUAAUCUCAGAUGAUUGUUUCCAAAACAAAAACCCACUUUCAUGAUUGCAUAAUUAUAUAAUAUUAAUCCUUUAACUCUCAGAAGUGAUCAACAUGAAACUUCUCCCUAUAAUACCCUUUCAUUAUCCAGCAAACAGCUAAUGAGAAUACUCAAACUUAUCAGGUAGAAGUUGUUGUCUUGAUCUAACAUCAAGUUCUCAAAGCUAAUUUACAAGGAUAUGUGUAGCAGAUGGAAGGGAGAAUUAACAAUCAGAUCUUGGGAGUUAAAGGGUAAAUGAAUGGGUAAAUGUAUGCAUGGAACCAAAACCACAUAAAGAGAUGGUUUUAAAAAAACAUGGUUUUUCCAGUCCCUUGACUUUAGUAAACCCUAAGGGAUUUCAUCAAAACCCUUCAAUUAACUAUAAUUAUUAUAGUAAUUUCAGCAGCCAAUCAGAUAAGGAAAAAACAAUCAAAAGGAGACAAAAACAACUCCAGGUGAAAGAAAUCACUGCAGAUGGCCUGAAACCUUAGAUAGUGUGAGUGUCCAAGACAUGAUUGGUUCCAGUUUGGCAUCUGAUUGGCUGAUAAAACAGAGCAAGUUUCAAACCAAUCAAAGAGUGAUGUGAAAAAAAACCAGUGAGAGCAAUCCUGGAAUAAUUUCAACUCUUAAUAAAUGAAAAUUUACUAACUAUACAAUCACUAGGCAAGGUAUUAAAGAUAACUGAAGAAUUGACUCAUGAAAUAAAUAAGGAAAGAGGAGGAAAAAGGUCCCACUUACUCAAAUAAAACAAUUGCAAAGUACUGUACAAGUCUGAAGAAGAUGGUCUCUGGCACACUCUUGCAAUAUACUCUCUGACAAAAAAAAAAGAAAAAAAGACUAGUUUAAAUCCACUUUGUUCUUAAGUAAUGCCCCAAUCAAUUAAAAGCUUCAACACCUUCCCCCCACCCCCCCAUCUAAGGCAACCUAGAGGCAUUUAACUGUCAUCCUUCUACCUAGGGGGUGGUUAAUUUAAACCUUAUAUGGGUGGGGUAGGGAAUUUGAACCACACUACUCAUGUCUUUAUCGCAGAAUAGGCAUGUUUUAUCCUAUAAUAUGGAGGCAUUUAGAAGAAUAUAGGCAUGCAUAGCAUGCAAGAGUAAUUUUUUUGGCUGGGUGUGUUGAGAUGGGACAGUUUGUGUACUUAAUGUUUUCAUUUUUGUCACAAAAAAAAGCAUAAUUUUCAAAAAAUGAAAAUAUCACAGAAAGGUAGAAAAAAACCUAAUUUAUCUGAACUCACACAUAUAUUAUGUGAUUUAUUGUUUCUAUUGUCUAAAUACUUCUAAGUAAAAAUGAAAUGCCUCAUGCCAUGCUUACUGUUGUCUCCUUCAGAGCCAUUGUUUGGUCUCCUCACACAACACCAUCUAUUUCCCAUUUGAGAGAGAGCGUGUUGCAUGACAAGACCAAAUAACAGUUGCCUAAGAGACAAUGCUUACUGCCAUUCCUCCAAAAGAGAGAAAAUCAAAAUUAUUUCUCUACAGUUAGUUACCUCAAAAAAAAAUUACGCAUAAUUUUACUACAAAAAACAAACUGAAACUCUGUUGUACCUCAAAUAGACCCUAACCAAAAACAUAUUGCAAUUUCGAAUAAGAGAAGAUACAUUGAACAAGAGAAAAGGAUAAUAUUUGAAAGAGGGCUCCUUGAUAGGUUGUUGCCUAUCUGGACUUUGCCCUCUGCAUGUGUGAAAUACAUGAUAAAAUGCAGGUUGUUUUACAAGGAAUUAACAUGCAAUUGGGUUAAGUCCAACAUAGCUUUAACUGACUUUAAUUCAUAGAAAAAGUCAAACACAGGAGAACUGCAUGGAAAACUCAAUACCAAUAGCGUUUAGUUCCAUGUGAAUUUUUUUUCAGUGGGAUUGUACAAUACGGUUAGAAUAUGUGAUAAAAUGUCGGUUGUUUACCAGAAAAUGACAAGUGAUAGAGCAACGUUUAAUAUAGCAAAAUGGAAUUUGAUUGGUGGAAUACAAUUGAAGCACAUGAAAAAUUACCUGAUGUUCAUGUAAUGCAAUGAUUAGGUAUGUUCUGAUUGGACUUUGGACAUUGUUAUCAUGGUACAUGAUGGAAUGUAAGUUGUUUGGCAUGUGAGUUGUGAGUAAAGGAGCCGAAAAAUACAUAUUCUAACUUAAAAAAUUUAAAUGUGUACCUUCCACAUCCCGAUUAAUCUUGAUCUUAAUCGAUGAGGCUCUUGCGAAGGUCAUAAACCAUUACACUUAACAAAUGGGCUUAAAAUUUCUGGUUAAUGUCAUUCUUUGUGCACACCUCUGUGAUCCAUGACAUCAUUUAUAAGAAAACAAUACCCAAACACUGUGAUUGGUGCAAAGUGUUAAAAUGCUAUGAUAUGAUUGGUGUCAGAUACAUACCCUAAUGUGGCAAUCUAAUUGGUGUGAGAUACAUACCCUAAUGCAGCAAUGUGAUUGGUGCAAGCAACAUGCUACUAUAUACGCUAACAUAGAGUUUGAUUUUUUUUCUCUUAAUCCAAAAAAAAGUAACUAAAAAAUGUCACCAAGAAAGUCACAGUCACUGAUCUUGCCUUCUCCAAAAAAAUUGACGGUCAAAUCCAGCCCUUGGGGAAGGCAUUCGAAAACAAUUUUGGUUCCUGGGGGGGGACAGGAAAUAAAACAAGCCAAUCUUCAAAAAUUCAAAUGCCAGGGGAGAAGGGAUGUUGAUUUAAGUUUUGAACUGAUCGACAAAUAAGCAAAAAGAACACUUUAGUAAGGUGACUGAUUAGUAAUGGUAUAGGACUGAGUGGAGUCCUAUUCAGUCUGUAAUUAUAGGAGUAACAAAAUUGGAUAACUGCAAAGGGGGGGUCUUAUUUGUUAAUAUCAAGGUUAAUAAUUAUGAAUUAUUCACCUAAGUGGAGGUAAAUAUCCACCACUCUCACUGACACUGAGGUGCAUAACUGUUUUAGUGUGUGCUACAUAUAUAUGUAUACAGAAAAAUGGUUGCUCAAAGGUGAAUAGCACCUGCAAUUCACUUCAAACUAGCCAAUCAACGUGCACAAAAAAGCACUAUUCACUUGUGUGGUAAAUAUUAAUUCCCUUUACUGUUGAAAAGUCAGGUUUAAUCAUCUGGACUUGUAAAUUGAAGUAUAUUUCAACAGAGUUACAUUACCUGGUUGUCAACAUGUUUGGAAAAGGAAAGACGUCCCACACUAUGCUGUAGAAGAGAAAACAAAUUAUCAAAUGGCCUGUAAUCAGUACUGCAUGCUUAUACAGUUUCUUUUGUUUGUGCAGAUAAGAAAGAGAUUUUAAAACACCAAAAAGUUGAUGAGCAAAGCAAAAUUUUGAUACAAAUAACUAAAUGCAAUGGGACUAUAAAUAUUUCUUUGAAUAAAGAAGGCAAAAUCAGCAAUAAGCACAUAGACAACUAGUUGGCUUCCCUAACAGAGCUUAUCCCAGUUUCACUAGCAUGAAGCAGCUACAUUUUGGAGGCUAAACUUCUAAAUUUCCUCAUGCCUUCCAUACAGUUUUCUGUGACCACUUUAUUCCUGGGUGCAGAGAGUAUUGUGAGAGUAAAAUGUUUUGCCUAGAAAUUGAAACUCAGUGACCCAGCCUUGCUUUAAAACAAGACAUAUUUGAUCCACAAUUCACAAUGCCAACCACACAGCUGGUGGCUGGCUUUGCUUUAUCACAUUUGGGCUCAACAUUACAAUUAGUAUGGGCAAUUGAUUUCAAGUGCAAUUAGGUGAUAAUAUGCAUGUCUUGAGUAAAUUUUUCAAAGACUACAAAACUGCACAAGCCUAUAGGGCAAGUGCAAAUUGCAGUCUUUGGAAAAUGUACAGGUGCUUUACUUACACCAAAUGGCAAGAGAAAUCAUGUUGUUACUUAAAAAUAAUUUACAUGAAAAAAAUGUAUGAUAAACAAAAUUUUGAAAGUGUGCACGCUAUUUGUACUUUGUACUCGUGUCACAAUUUUACAUUCAUCUUACAUGAAAAAUGAACUUGUUUUCAGUCAAUCAGACAUCUAUAAUGUUUUCAUGUGUAUUAUUACCUGAUUAAGGAUUCCAAACUUGAGCUUGUCUUCCUGAGAAAUAACGCUUCUAGGAAACAACAAAUAAUUAUCAGAGGAAGCUGCAAAGCAAAAAACUGUAUUAAAUGAAAGGUUUUUGUUUUUGAAAAAAUUUAGCCAAUGUGAGAAUAAAAUAACAAAAAUCAGCCUAGAAAAUUCAACUACAACUAGUCAAUAAAAACCUGAGCCUUUAAUUUGUUUGGAUUAUAUCCUAAUGCCUUUAAAAAAUAUUCCACUAACUGCUAUUUACAGUAUUCCAACAUACUCUUCUAGGAAUAUUUUUGCUACAAAAUCCUUCAUAAACUCCUCAGUCUCCUGUUCAAACAGCUCUGUUUCUUCAUCAUAAUCACCCUCUGAACAAUCUGUUGAAAAAUUAUAAAAAUAUAUGCCAUCAAAUACAAGCACAUCACCAUGCCAAAAUAACAAUACUAGGUCCUCAUAACCCAACAUUGAAAGGGUUUUAACUACAAGUUUUUCUAUGCACUGGUAUAAGAAGACAAAUAGAUUCACCAGAAGACUAUCCCCCAUUUUGUAAAAUACACAUCUGUAUUGAUUAUGAUAUGUCAAAUUAGGAACAUACAUUUCUUGGAAUGUCUUUUUCUCUUGUGGUGCCUGCCCUUGUUCAUUUUUAUGAUGUGUUUCACCGAGAAAACAUUAUUACCUCUUUCCCUAACUAAGGAAAUCAAUUUUUUCUUCUAUAUCAUCGAUAGGUGCUCAUGGGUAAUGGCUUCACAUUCAGAUACAAAGAAAAUGCUUAUUAAAAUGACUCUUUGGUAAUAAUUUUGAAUUAAUUAAAAUUUGCCUUCCUGUAAAAGCCACAUCAGUUCAAAACACUUAGAGUGUCAUGCUCUUAGAGUGAGUAACUUCAGAAAGGGUGAAACCUUAUAAAAUUGAGCUUGUAUCAAUCAGAGAUUAGUGCUCUUGUGGUUGUGUCAUUGAAAACCAAGAAAAAUUAAAUAGUAAUUUUGUAAUUAUAACAGUUUUAGAGGUCUGAUUUUAUGCAAUGUAUUCAGUAAUAUGCAAUUUAUUCAGUAAUAUUCUAUUUGUUACCAUGACUUCAGUUCACAUCUCUUAAGAAUGCAUUAUGUCAGAGCCACUAUUUUUAAAAUUAUAACAAUUAUUAUGAAUCAUAUUUUGAAUAAUUUAACAGCAUCCUUUUUUCAUAUGGCAACCAAUAUUUUUGUUUACAGAACCUGAUCUUAAAAUCUUACGUUACAAAAUGGUGACUUUAAAAUAAAUCACUUUCACAACCCUGAAUACCCAUCCUCCAGCACCUGAGUCUGCUCUCAACAGGUUAUGGCUGACUGCAGAAGUAUGAAACCUACUACUGUAUGUUGCAUGCUUGUGGUAACUUAAAUUCAUUAAUCAAAAAUUUUUUUUCUUUAAUUACUUUCAAUCACAAGGUUAAGAAUCAGGGUGAAACUAGUGUGCUAGUGUUAAAUGAGUCAAGAUCUGGUCAAUUUAAGAAAAAACAGCUAUGCUAAAGACAAAAUCAAAAUAGUGCUGUUAGUUUGAUUAAGACCUGCUGAGACUGACAUCGAUAUAAUGCUGCUAGGAAAUAAAUCACAGUCUAUGAAAUGGAACAUCAAUCUUAGCCCAAAAUAACAAAACAGCAGGAGCCCUUUCAAUAUUUUCCAAAUCUAGCCUAUCAUGCAUUCCUUAGGCGCUUUAUUGAUCUUUAAUAAGUAAUUAAUACAGCACUCCUCGUGUAUGCUUAAUGUAAGUUUCAUAUACGCAAACAAACGAUUUAUGUUAUCCAAAAAAUUGAUAAUCCAACGUUUAUCUCAAUUCUUGUCGUUAUGUAAGAGAGUGGCAACUUCUAAAUCUACAUGAGUGGCGCUGAUUUCUACUAAUUUGCAAAUGAAUGUAAAAUAAUUUCCCAGUUUUCGACAACUUACCACUCUGAUCGCUCCAUUCCUUCAUGUCAUUCAAAAAAUCUAACGUCGUUUUAAGCACAUAAUCCCCACACGUUCAUUGAUCAGCUGGUGGCAAAAGACGCCAACAAAACAUCAGAAAACAUAGAAGACGUCAUCAUUAUAUCCAAAACAAAGGGGAGCGGAAAUGCUUUUAGUUCUUUAGAUUCCAGUCCUCCUCGUCGCACGCACAACAGAACCCUGUGAACAAGGUGCAUCUUUUAAUUGAAAAAACAGCUGAUCAGUUAGGCGAGGGCUCAUAAAAUCACCCAUAAAGCAAAGCAGGCUUUGUUCCGUGGCAACGUCUCCGAAAAACAAGUGCAAGCUAUAGGAAAGCGACAAUGGUGCGAAUUUUAGUUGACUUUUCGUGUUUUGACUAUUUACGAUUGCGUUUAAAAUAUAAAAUUUCUCUUUUCUUAUAGUCUGAAGUUGAGGAAUCGCUGAAAAGAAUCCAGAGCCACAAAGGCGUUCUUGGAAUUAUUGUCGUCAAUAGUGAAGGUACGAAAUUCUGAAAAUGGUUGAAAACCUUCUUUAACAACACAGAAAGUGCUCAAGGAAGGAACGCGUUUUCCUAUAAGGUAGUUCUAAAUUGAGAUGCAAAUGCUCUUCAUUAAUUUUUCCGCUGCAGGAAUUCCUAUAAGAACGACCAUGGAUAACUCAACAACUGUACAAUAUGCUGGGUUAUUUCACCAAUUGACCAGUAAGGCAAGGAAUACAGUUCGAGAUAUCGAUCCACAGGUCUGGAAUGUCUUUAUGUUAUUUUCUAAAUGUUUCAAAAGGGAACUUAUUUUUCAUUGUCAGCAUGGUGGCCGUGUAUGUCAAGCGUUGUUUAAAAGUCUUUGCCAACUAUGGGUGGCGAACAGUUUUUGCUUAAGAAGCUGUUGAAGCACAAGCUUAGUAGUGUUAAUGAUGCUGGUAAAAUUUCGGCAUAACCCCAUACUACAUUAUGCAUUCAGUUCUUGGAUAGAGAAAGCAAUGACAAAAACAAUACAUUGCCAUUGGGAAAACAGAUUUGUUUUACAAUGGCAUGGGGCUGUGCGGAAAUUUUACCAUGAUGCUGUUUAUGUGAUUUUCCAACAAAGUCUCUAUCUGUUUUGGAACUGAUUAAAUUGAGAGAGAUUUGGGAUUAUUUUCAUUAUCAGAACAAAGUAAUCUUGUUGUAUUUGUUAGUACAAAAAUUCAAACUAAAAUCGUUUCACUUAAAUUGAGUACUUCGUGAAUUUUCUCUUAUUAGAAAUCAUCCAAAAUCCCUAUUUUCAUCUCAAAACUUUCAGGUUUCAGACAUUUUUGCUCCUGAAAGCCAAUUUAAGUUAGAGACUCUUCCUCCAAGAUGCACAGUAUUUAAAAUCUCGUUUGCUCAACUGAAGUUUUAAAAGAAAGGUGCACAAGAUUGAAAUCCAUCUAAACUUACUUUUUAAAAUAGUGCCAACAUACCACACUUGAUGGGUAAGUAACUUUUGGACAGAAAUUUAGUUGUGACUCCUUAUUACUUGGUCCUGUUUGUGGCACAUCAUUUAUUUUCAAGGAACUGAUGUUUUCAUUUUUCAUGUUUAGAAUGACUUAAUGUUCCUGAGAGUCCGUUCGAAGAAGCAUGAAAUUCUGGUUGCUCCUGGUAAGUUUUUCUACCUUUCAUUGGAAUAAUACUGCUGAAAAUACUAAAAGGGAAAUAGAUUAUGUUUGUGUAGUAACCUUGUUAUGAAUUAACUUUACUGUGUCUAUGAUCCAGCUGUCAGUACUAUAGGUGUCGUGUGGUCAUCGUAUGUCACUCUAACUGGUCCUUGUAAGAAUGUACUUAGAUUAAGAAUUGCUGGCAUGGGCUGAAAACAAGGUUAUAUGGAGGGAGGUGCAUGUUCCUGCAUUAUAAGAAAAUAAAAUUUUGCAACUUGUUCUGUUAUUAAACGGAAUCAUAGAGGUUUAGUCUGUGUGGUUGUGAUGCUUGACCUUCCAAGCUGAAAAACCUCACAUUUCAAACCAGGCAAAACUUAUGUUUUGGUAACCGUAGCAAAACAAGGGAACAUUUCAUUUUUCUUUGGCUAUUAAGGUGAAUUCUACUUUGCACAUCACCUCACCUCACCUCACCUCACUUCUCUCUGAUCAGUGUUGUAUAUUUGUGUACAUAUGCCAUCAACAUGUGGUAAAACAAGCUAGCUUCAACAUCUUGUGUUAAAUCUACUCAAGUUAACUCAGUAAUUACCUUGAAAGGUUAUUAAAGUAUUAAUUAUCAGCUGAGUUGAAUCCCUCAUCCACUUUGAUGAAUGGCUAACACUCAAAAUGACAGCAUCGAAACUCUUAAUCAUGGCCAAUUUACAUUAUCAACUUGGUUGAUAAUAAGUUAAAUUACCCUGUUAUACUCUUCCACUGACGAUAUGCCACGGUUUUAUGACAAACUUACCCCCUUCCUUUAAUUACCUUAAAGAUUUCUUCCAAUUUUUAAUUCCAGAUAAAGAAUACCUGAUGAUAGUUAUUCAAGAUCCUAGUAAAAUACAGUGAGAGGAGCACCAUACUAUCACUUAAAGCCCCUUCAAAUGUAAAUACACUGCCACUUAUCAAUUUGUUUUUGGGAUUUUGAUUUCACUGUCUAGUUAACCAAGACAGGUCUCUAGACUGAUGAGCUCUGUAAUACAGUAUUAUCUUGUGCUUGGAUUAAAAGGUAGAAAAGAGUAAACUGAAGUUCACUUAACUUUUACUAGUAUUAUAUUGGAUUUACUUUCAUUAUGGUUGUAAAUUACAAUAAAAUUACAUGUUUAGACCAAUGUGGUGACAGUUUUUAAUGAAAUCUCCUUUCUUCUUGUCAUCUGCUUUCUUUUGUUGAGGGUUAUCAUUCCAAUAUUUUGAAUUGUUUGUUACAAGUGGUAAAACCAUAUUCAACAUAAAAAAAAACUACUAAAAAUUUGUUGGUGAGCCAGAAAACCAUCAAAAGUGAAAGGAACAACCAAAUAGGAUCAAUUAUUGAGAAUACUGAC